AUGUCCCAGAUGGAACAAGGCAUGGAGACCAUCAUCAAAACCUUCCACCAGCACGCUGGGAAGGAGGGAAACCCAGACACCCUGAGCAAGAAGGAAUUCAAACAGCUGGUGAAUAAGGAUAUGCCAAACUCCCUCAAGAAAGUAAAAAAGGAUGAAAGAGCCAUGAAUCACAUGAUGGAGGAUCUCGACAGAAAUAAAGAUGGUGAGGUGGACUUUGAUGAAUUUGUAGCCCUGUUAGCUAAGGUAUUGAUUACAAAACACGAGGCAAUUCACAAGAAUGAGUCCUCACGUGGCUAUGGCCGUGGUCCCAGCUAUGGGCCAAGCCUCAGAGAGGGUGGCCAUAGCAACUGCCACAGCAAGUAA